AUGCCCGUAACGACCGACCCCCCUGAAAAGCCCAACGCCUCGAUCCACGAAACGGACAACAUCGCGGCACCUGCAACUAAGAAUGUGAUACACGUUGAGACUUCCUCUGCAGCUCUCACCGAGGCCAUGGCUCAGAAUGGCAAGUUGUCCUUCAAGUCAAUGCUUCACUUAUAUAUCGUGAUGACCGUUGGGUACUUGGUCUCUACCAUUCAGGGGUUCGACGGAUCUUUGAUGGGGGCUAUCAAUGCCAUGAAGCCAUAUCAAGAGACUUUCGGACUGAAUGGCGCGGGAUCGUCGACCGGUGUUGUCUUCAUAAUAUACAACAUCGCUCAGGUCGCCGCUUUCCCUUUCGUUGCUUACCUCGCCGAUCAACACGGUCGUCGGCCGUGUAUCUUUAUUGGAUGUCUCGUUGUGAUAAUUGGAACUGCUAUACAGGGCUCAUCUCGCACUUUGGGCCAGUUUAUUGGGGGCAGAUUCGUCCUAGGAGCCGGUGCCAUCAUCGCACACGGUGCCGGCCCCGCCUACACAGCCGAAUUAGCCCAUCCAGCAUACAGAGGAUUGACUGCUGGUCUAUACAAUACAUUUUGGUACGUUGGCAAUAUCUUGGCCAGUUGGGUCACCUACGGGACAAACUUGCACCUCAAGAAUGAUUGGGCUUGGCGCAUCCCCACCAUUCUUCAAGCCGGUUUCCCAGCAAUCGCGAUGGUUCUUGUGCUUUUUCUACCUGAGUCUCCACGGUGGUUGAUAUCGAAAGACAGAACAGACGAGGCUCUGAGCAUUCUCGCAGAGUUCCAUGGCGAAGGUGACCCAAAUUCUGCCAUUGUGCAACUGCAAUAUCAUCAAAUUUUGGAUGAGCAUCGGGCACAAGAAGCUGGCCGCUGGUGGGAUUACCGCGAGCUCGUUGCAACACGGUCUGCUCGGUAUCGCAUAAUGCUCGUUGUUGCCGUGGCAUUCUUCGGGCAAUGGUCUGGCAACAAUGUCAUCUCGUAUUUCCUGCCGGAGAUGUUGAAAAGCGCUGGUAUGACCAACCCGAAUACGCAGCUGCUUAUCAACGCCAUCAACGCCGUGGUCUGCUGGAUAUCCGCUUUUGUCGGCACCAUGUUCCUCGACAAAUUGGGACGUCGAGUUAUGAUGAUGGGCGGCUUAACUGGAUGCCUUGCAACAUAUAUAAUGUUGACGGCUUUCACUGCCGAGUCUGCCGACAACAAAGAUUUGGUGUACGGUGUCAUCGUUUCAGUUUAUCUAUUUGGUAUCGCGUAUGGUGCAGGCAUGAAUGCUUGCGCUACGCUGUAUCCAAUGGAGGUACUGACAAAUCGGACUCGCGCCAAAGGAUCCGCAAUCAAGUUCGUGUUUCUCAACAUCGCAACGAUGACGAACACGUACGGUGUCAGUGUUGGCAUACAAGUUAUUGGAUGGAAGCUGUAUGUGGUAUACAUUGUCUGGAUUGCAUUCGAAAUUGCCUUCAUUUAUUUCAUGUAUCCUGAAACGAUGGGCAAAACCCUCGAGGAACUGACAGAUGUGUUCGAGGCGAAGAAUCCUCGUAAAGCAAGUAUGAGGAGGGUCAUUGUCGAGUUGGAUGAGAAUGGGCACGCGGUGGAUGUCAAAGGGGACCAGAAGCAGUAG